AUGCCCACAGCCGUAGCAAAAGAUGGAGUGGCACGCAGAUCAAGGAAACCAAACACCCCCAAGACCACGGACCCAGUGCCAGAGCCCAGUUCCAGCUUUUCUGCGGUAGGAAAUCGUAAAGCUUCAGAACAUGGGGAACUGCUUGAUGUGGAUCCGAAUAAUGGCAGAAGGAAGCGCCGCAAGACCACACCGAUCGAGCAAAAGAAAGGGAAUGCGAAAAAUGCGGAAGCUGUUGUACAACCGGCCAAUAGUACAAAGUCAUUUGGUGCUGUUUCGGUAGAAUCAGGGCUGAAUACAACUGGUUCACUCGGAGCGGGGUCUUAUCUGGACACGGCGAUACAAGCUGCAGAUGCUCUGGCGGAGCCGAAUCAAGUACUGCCAAAGGAAGACUUGCAUGUACUGGAGGAGAGCUCAACGACGUCAAAGACAGAUGAUUCCAAACCACGGAAAGUUUUACGAUUCAACCCCAAGACCGGUACCAUUGGCUCGCCACCUGCCAAAAAGCCACAAGCACCAAGUGCCGAGACGAAGAAGACUGCAGGGGGCCGAGGGAAAAAACCAAAGUCAAGGAUCGUCACGAUUCGCUAUGGCCCAGGACAGCUUCUUCCGUCGACGAUCGGGCAGAAAAUUGAUUUGAUAUCGAACGGCACCAAACCAAUUUUGCCUGCCAAGACAGAGAUUCCUAUAAAAUUGCCAGAGCGCACUCCUCCUAAGCCAGUCAAACCGCAUCCCUUUUUCUCGGGGAAGGUUCAGACUAAGCCUGAGAGCCCGCAAAAGCCAGACAAGCACAAUGCCACCGUUGUUGAUCUCACACAACCAAAGGAAUGCGUCCCUCUACCCCGCACACGGCCUUCAUCAUGCAGCACGCCACUUUCUCUUGCUAAAGCCCCAACACCGUUCUCAGGACUCGGGUCAUCCUCCAAGAUAACGAAGUUUCCUGGGGCAGUCGAGCCAGCGUGGCCAGGUAAGGGCAUGGUUCAUGUCCGAGGUCUGGAUCCUGACUCAACAGCUUCUAAAGAGUUGCUUUCCAGCACACCAAGUCUUAUUUCAACAGGCAAGAAGUCGAAGUACCAAGCUAUACGCAUUCUGGAGGGAGAGGACAUCCUUGCAAAUCUGGCAACGGAUUUGACUAUCAGCAAUGUGCUCCAGAGCCUUCGUGACAUCGAUCCGACCGAGUUCCCUCCCGUGCCGGAUUGUCUUAGACUUCCUGUUAAGCACCUCGAACCUGGCUUCGCGGUUCAGAAGAGAAUCCGAAAGCAGCUACGCACAAGAUUUCCAGCUCCAAGAGCUGUCGCGCAAAGCUCGAGUGAGGACGAGAUUCAGCUGAAUAACGAUACUCGGCCUCGCAUCCAUCCUGCGCUGCUGAAGACUUAUGAAUUGGUGUCGACUUCAUUAUCUGCAUUCGAUAAAGGCCAUUGCGAAACUCAGCCGUGGACUAACAAAUACUCGCCAAAACUUGCCUGUGAUGUAUUGCAAUCGGGGCGCGACGUCUCAAUUUUGAAGGAUUGGCUUCAAUCAUUAACAGUCAAAGCUGUAGAAGCGGGGCUAGGAAAUGGUGCAUCUUCAUCAAGACGGCCCGCUCUGAAGCUAGAAUCAGGAACCAAAAGAAAGCGGAAGUCCAAGAAAUUAGAUGGAUUUGUUGUGUCUUCAGGCGAGGAGGCUGAUGAUAUGGAUGAGAUUUCGGAACAGGAAGAUGUCAUCUUGACGUCCGGACAAGGUCCACAGAGGAGAACCAUCGUGCGUACCGGAGACUUGAACAGAGACUCUGGAAGGUCGACGAAUGCGAUAGUCAUUAGCGGUCCCCAGGGAUGUGGUAAGACUGCAGCCGUGUAUGCUGUGGCUAAAGAGCUUGGCUUCGAAGUCUUCGAGUUGAACCCCGGUAGCAAGCGGACAGGAAAGGACAUCUUGGACAAAGUUGGUGACAUGGCCCGUAACCACCAAGUCCAACGUUUGCCUGGCCUUGCACAAGUGGACGGAGCAGCAGACGAGGAUCGGAGGAGAGUCGAUGAAGCUUUGGCUAAUGACCUGAAAAGUGGACGUCAAGGAACGAUGAAUUGCUUCUUCAAGACCCAACCCAGCCUCAAACCGGAGACGAAGGCACACUCUACAGCUCCAGCUCCAAAGACUUCGACGCAGGAAGUGCAAACCAAGUUAGAUGGAGCAAAGCCGAAAGCAGCUGCGAAAACACAGAGGCAGUCUUUGAUCCUGAUCGAGGAAGCAGAUAUUCUGUACAAGGAGGACACCCAAUUCUGGCCUACCAUUCUUGAGCUGAUAACAACUUCAAAGCGACCAAUCGUCUUGACGUGCAACGAUGAAUCCGCCCUUCCGAUGGAAACUUUACCCCUUCAUGCUAUCAUUCGCAUGAAUCCUCCGCCAGUAGAUCUUGCUGUCGAUUACAUGCUGCUAGUAGCUGCAUGCGAAGGGCAUGUUCUUGAACGAGAAUCGGUGCAAACUCUAUAUGAGAGUCGAAAUAUGGAUCUUCGUGCUUCUUUGACAGACUUGGACUUUUGGUGUCAAUUCGCUAUUGGCGAUCAAAAGAACGGACUGAAUUGGUACAUAUCUCGCUGGCCGAAAGGAACUGACAUCGACGAGGACGGCAACAUGAUUCGAGUGGUCAGCGAAAAGACCUACCAGGUCGGCAUGGGAUGGCUUUCCCAAGAUGUCCUUGAAAGCCAGAUGUAUCAUCUAGACAGGGAGGAGGAGGCCCUUCACGAGGCUUGCGAUGGUUGGGAUUUAGAUGUUGGGAAUUGGCAAGAGAGUCUCAACAUGGGCUCUUGGGCGAAGAAUAUGCAAGAACAGUCCUCGAACAUAGUCCAAAGCCGAGCUUCACUGCGCGCAUACGAUGAAUUUUUGGAAGCAUUGAGUAGUUCAGAUUUAUGUUCCGGAGGGCUCUUUGCUUCGGAAAAUCAGCUUGUGAUCGAUCCUUCAGUUCCUGAGAUUACGACCAAAGCACGUGAGGACUACACUCUAGCCUCGAAACUUCUUGAUGCACCGGCUAUCAUCAACUACACUACGCUGAGCAAGGAUAUCUCUCUCUGGAUGAAGUCCCGGAGCAGAAAUUACUUGUAUCUAGAGCAGCAUGUCAAGAUGGCUCUUGAAGUUCCAGUGGAGCUUAGUCGCCCAGAUGAAGCACAAAUUAUACAACUCAUCCGGAGACAAGCCUCCACGUCCGACCCGUCCUUGCAUCGCCGCGACUUCAGUGCCACAUUUGAUCCGAUCUCCGAGCCAGAAAAGACUACGCUCUACGGUCCUGGGCAGCUGGAAGCAUCGGUCUUCGAUCGAACAAUGAAUAUUAUAGCCCAAGACAUGGCUCCGUAUGUCCGCUCCAUUGUCUAUUUUGAUGCCCGUUUGCAGGCAGAGCGGGCAAAACUCAGUAAUCUGCUAAGUGAGGGUGGUGGCAGGAAGGGAAAGAGGAUGAGAACAACACGAGCCGCUAUGUCUGCUCUCGAAGGAGGCGCUCGUAGCACCACAAGAAGAGAGAAGUAUUUUGGCUCAUUGCUGAACCCCCAUCUCGUCAUGAAGACCGGGAUGCAGAGCUGGAUGGAUGCAGCAUUGAUGGAGAUGAGUGCAAGCGCUAGCAGAAGAUCAAGCAAGGGUAGUCUUGAUAUAUCAAAGAUGGAGAGCGACAAGGAUGAGUUGCUGGAUGACCAGUGA